AUAAAUCUCAAUUUUUUUCAAUCUUCACGCAAAAGGAAUAAAAUUUCUCUGACGGUUUUCAAACUUUCAUCGGAACCCUAGAUCUGUUACUUUUUUCCGAUCUCCGAUUUCAGAUCCGAGAGAAUUUGUCAGAUUCUGAAUUUCAAAAAUUGAUGGCGAAACCUUGGGGUGGAAUUGGAAUUGGGGCUUGGGCUGAUGAAGCAGAGCGUGCCGAUGAAGAACAAGCGGCGGAAGCUACUGCUGCGACGGCGGAUACACAGAGUUUUCCUAGCCUGAGAGAGGCUGCUGCGACUGCUACUAAUCCUAAGUCUAGGAAGAUGAAGAAGAUGAGUUUAUCUGAGUUUACUACAGGUGCUUACACAGCUCCUGGAGGUAGAAACUCUGUUGGAUUGACUCAGCAAGAGAUUCUUCAAUUACCUACUGGUCCUAGACAACGUUCGGAGGAGGAAAUGCAACCUGGUCGAUUAGGCGGUGGGUUUUCAUCUUAUGGUGGUCGUUCUGGUGGAAGAAUGGGGAGAGAUCGAGAUGAUUCUGAUGGGUCUUGGGGUGGUGGUGGUGGAGGACGGAGACCUUAUGGUGGUGGAUUUGAUGAUGAUAGGAGGGGAAAUCAGUCUAGGGUUUCGGAUUUUGCUCAACCUUCUAGAGCUGAUGAGGUUGAUGAUUGGGGGAAAGCGAAGAAACCACUUCCUUCUUUUGAUCAAGGACGACAAGGUCGUUACGGUGGUGGUGGAGGUGGUUUUGGAGGCGGUGGUGGAAGUGGUUUUGGAGGCGGUGGUGGAAGUGGUUUUGGAGGCGGUGGUGGAUUAUCUAGAGCUGAUGAUGUUGAUAAUUGGGGUGCAGGGAAAAGGCAAGCACCGGUUAGAUCAUCUACAUUUGGAUCGAGUUUUGGUGAUUCAGGCCGUGAAUCUGACCGUUGGUCCAGAGGAGAAGUAGCCGGAGGUGGUGGAGUUCAGGAGGAACGUCGUCGUUUGGUUUUGGAACCACGAAAGGUUGAGUCAGGAGCGAGUGAGACUCCAACUGUUGUUGAGAAGACGAAUAAGCCGAACCCGUUUGGAGCAGCUAGACCGAGGGAGGAUGUUUUGGCGGAGAAAGGUUUGGAUUGGAAGAAGAUUGACUCAGAGAUUGAGGCUAAGAAAGGAGGUUCUCAAACGAGUAGGCCAACGAGUGCACAUUCGAGCAGACCUUCUAGUGCUCAAUCUAACAGGUCUGAGAGUUCAGGGUUGAAUAAUGUGGUUAAACCGAGACCAAAGGUGAAUCCUUUUGGCGAUGCAAAGCCUCGAGAAGUGUUGCUAGAGGAACAAGGAAAGGAUUGGCGUAAGAUGGAUUUGGAACUCGAGCAUCGCAGGGUUGACAGGCCUGAAACAGAAGAAGAGAAGAUGUUGAAGGAAGAGAUUGAAGAACAAAGGAAAAAACUCGAGGAGUCCAUCGCCCCAGAGAUCAAGGAAUCUGAUCAAGAACCUGGCAGUAAUAAUAAUCACAAUGAUUUACCAGAAAUAAUACGUGGGAAAGAGAAAGAUUUGGAAUUACUAACCCGUGAAUUGGACGACAAAGUCAGGUUCAGGCAGAAACCAGUUGAGAGGCCCGGGUCUGGUGCAGGCAGAACCGGAACAUAUUCAGAAAGAACACAUUCCCGGGCUGGAUCAAUUGAUGAAACCAGGAGUUUUGAAUCCACAGAGAGACCCAGAUCACGUGGUGCCGUCGAUGCCUGGGUUAGACCAGCCGAUGAUCAGCAAAGAAACUUCCAAGGAAGCAAAGAGCGCGGAUUCUUCAGCAACAGGUCUUCCUCUAGGGAAGGAUGGUAAGAAGAAAACGAAGAACAACCAAAUGUGGAAUAUGUUUAACUACUCUACUCAGUUCCCAGAUUUUGAAGAAGACUUAGAGAUAAUUUCAUUAAUAAAUAUUUAUAAAAACCCUAAUCUUUGUUCUUUCUUUGGUUGGUUCAUCUUCGGAAUCAGAGCCUCGUUGUUUCGUUUUGGUCUUCUGCUCAGCGAAGGCGUGUCUCUUAUGAGAAUGUCUCUUCUUGUUAUAUUUGAAGACAUUUUAGAAUCUUGAUUGUUAUAUUUUUUGUAGUUAAUCCUGGAGUCUCUCAUCUCCUUUUUAUGUAUUUUGGUUUGUUUAACACAUUUAUUUGCCAAUAACCCUAUUUGUAUUGAAACAACAAGAGAGUCAAA